AUGGAAUCGCUGCAGGCCUUCACUGGCUACCGCUCCCUCCCCAUCCUAGCCUUCUACCUCACGCUAUGCGCCACCCUCGCAUCGACAAUAUGCCUUAAAAUCUACCGCCGCUACAAGUUCCAGAAACACCAAUUAAAAUGGCACGGUACCGAUCCCAAAUUUGCGCUGUUCGUUCUCCUCGCGGCCUUCAGCCUCGCGACAACAUGGUACUACAUGUUCGCGUUCUUCCGCCAUUCCUACCGCAGCUGGGAAACACAGCAAGGCCCCAUACAAAAGUCAGUGAUUGAGGUGGAACCAUACCUGGUGAAAUGGGAGCUUUGGCUACGAGAUUGCAAACUCUUCCGUGAAGCAUGGGAGAGCGUCUCCGAAACGCCGGCGAAAUCUUGGUGGAGCGGACAAAUCUUCUUAUGGACGAUCGGAUGGAGUCUUUUCCUGGGUGUGAUGGGUCGGCGAUACCAUAUCUCCCACGUCUGGGUUUACAUGCUGCUCGGGCAAAUCGUCGCGAUCUCCUUCGCACAGAACCUCUUCUUCGCUACGAUUCUCGUCUCACACCAGAAUGUUACACCGGCUUCGAAACUUUCGUGGACUCCCCCUGCAAUUCUCGAGCUUGCGCCGAUUGUGAUAUCUUUCGCCGGCGCUGCGGCUGUACCCUUUGUCGCGAACACGCAGUACUUCAUACCUGUACUUGCUGUGCCUCAUCUUCUUCUGUUCAUUCCGGGAAUUUUGUGUCCUCAAGUUCUCCCACGAGGCUGGGGGACGUAUAUAUCUCAAUCUUUGCGAGAGUACACCACUGUCUAUAAAUGGCUGAUUAUGGCUGGGGUGGCUCUUCAAGCAUAUUCUACCUAUAUAGUCAUUAUAGAUGAACCUGGUCUAUUGGAAGACUCGGUUUGGGACCUCGGCCGGAAGUUGCUUAAUACGAUGUUUGAACACCCAGCUGUCAGUAGCGUUGGGUGGGAUGUUGUGUGUUGUUCAUUAUCAUGGUUUACUUGGAUUCUCUUGCGUGGUGGAUUGGAAGAGAUGCUGGAGUAG